AUGCGAGCAGACUCGACUCCAACCUCCGUCCGCCGAACAUCCAAGAACCAUCGCUCUACUACACGCUCUUCCACCAAAGCGCAAAAUGUAGACUCAUCUCGUCCCACUGGGCUCUACGAGUCACCUUCUGUUCAAGACCGUAUCCGACAAUGGCAGGCUCAAGGCGCAGCAAAUGCUCCGGCCCCAGAUGCUGUGAGCGUUCGAUCGAUACCCAUCUCGGAAUGCCCCUCCACUAUAUCGAAACCCGAGUCGGAAUAUGGAAACGAGUCCAGGGUUCGUGUCGGCGGAAGGACCAAAGCAAAGAAUGAGGAGGAUCAAGAGAGGGCCAGGAGCUCCAGUGCUCCGCGAAGGCGCAUCAUCAGCGAUGGCCACUGGAAGACGCAGAGGCAGGCGAAAGACAACAAGGAUGCAAAAGUCGGAGCCAAUACAAGACCGGAAUCACGAUUGUAUGACCUCUCCUACACUUCAAACCAAGAAAGGAGCAAAGGGAGACGACGCUCUAGAACAGAGCAUGCUUCGCGCGCCGGCCAGGGCGCGGGACAAACAUUGCCAUAUGACGACGGCAUUAGAGUGGCACCAGUUUCAGUCGAUGACCAAGCACAAGAGGAGGCCUUGCCGCCUGCGUACGACCUGGAGAGCCGAGCAGACGAAGAGCUUGCUCAGCACUUGACUACAGAAUCUAUCGCGUCGGGAGAUCUUGGGAGAUAUGCACACGAACCAACAGGGCGGGAAGACGAUGUUCCUGGUGAUUGGAGACCCAGCAAAUACGCCGCGUUGUUGGGAAGGACAGAGGAGGCUUCUCUGGACGGAGAACUGGCAAAAUCCAAGAAAGGUGGAUUAUUGGGCAAGACCAGAGGCAUGUUCGUCAAGUCAGAGGCUAUGUCUUCCCACGGCAACAGGCUACCCAGUAUUGAAGCAUGGCUUGACGAGCAACCCGAUCCGUUCGUCGACAACAAGGAUGGCUUGGACGAUCUGGCGCCAGUCGAAGUGCCCCAGCCGUUGAGGAAACGCACGCACCGGAAGAGAUCCUCCACAGAGAAGUCUAUCGCGCCCGAUCCGAAUCAGAUUUGGAAUUCCAUCUCACCUCAUCAGACAGCAUCCAGCCUCCACGAUGCAUCAAGGCCUGGUGGUUCGGUCCCUUCGCCAGAUAUUAACCAAAAUUCCUCUUCAAAACUUGGCAAUGCUGCAAAUGAGGCACAAGAUGGAAGUGAUGGCUCGCCCUCCAACCUGCGGAGGAGAGGUGCAAGAGUUCGCCGCCAGCGAGGCUCGGCGAAACAGGACAAAGUACCGGAUGGAGCCUCCCCAGAGCCCGCAGCGUCGCGGGCAGAAGGUUCCCCAGCUGAGAACGCGACUCUCAGAGCUCCCAGUCUACCUCAACGACCCUGCCCCCCCACAAAUCCGCAUCAGCUUCCAACGAUCCAGUCUGUGGAGACUUUCAAAGAAGUCGAAUUAGAGCCGCAGGCUCUGGGAGAGGUUCCAGCGCAGGUCUGCGAACUCAAACGCAAGCUAACCACUCACGAGGAUCUGAUGUCUGUUUUGUCAUUACCAAGGGGCAGCCGCGCCCGUCGAUCGAGACGGAAUGCGAGAACUACUCGUGCGAAACAACAGCCAGGUUCAGCACAAGAGAUAAUCGCUGCGGUGGUGGCUGACGAAGAAAAGUAUGGACGGGAGUUGCGAACCUUAGUCGACGGCGUCAUCCCGGUUCUGCUCCAAUGCCUCCUAUCCAAAACGGAUGCGGCGGCGGCGGCGGGCUUGUUCACAUCGGCAUCGCUCCAGGAUGAUGCGAGCACCACCAGACCUAUCAUCGAUAUGGGUAUUGCUCUGGAAAGGUUGAAGGCCUUGCAUAAUCGAAUCCCCUCCCAGAAUCUGGACAGUCUACUCAACUGGGCCCAAACGUCGGAGAAGGCAUAUAGAGACUAUCUGCAAGCCUGGAGACUCGGCUUUGAGGACGUGGUUGUCAACCUUGCGCCCUUGGAAAGCUCAUCAGCUCAAGAGCAAAGCAUGGCCAGGGACGAGGCUGGCGACCUAGUGGACGCUACGGGCAAGAAAGUCGACGUUGCAUAUCUCCUGAAAAGACCGCUUGUGAGGGUCAAAGCCCUGAGCAAGACAUUUAAUCGGAUCAAGGAUGAAUACGACGUGCCUCUUGCUGCACAGAUGGCCAAUACUUAUGCUGAUCUGACAGCGCUUGCGAAGAGAAGGAACCAGGAAGAGCAAGCCAGGUUGGAAGAUGAGGCAGCUGCCAACAUUGAUGCAACAAGAGCCCGCGAUAUUAGGACAAUGGCAGCAUCAGGGCACAUCACUGUCAACAAGACCCGCCGCGUCAAGGCAAGGGACGAUUUCAACCUCACAAUCUAUCAUUCUAGUGGACAAAGGAUGGAUUGCAGCGUCGAACUGAUCUUCCGAGACAACGCUCGCGGUGACUCCCCUGGUGGAGAUGUUCUGAUCUGUGAAAUCGAUGAUACCGGGAAGUGGCUGCUCUUUGCCCCCAUUGAGCUGAACUCGAUAUCUGCCAGACGUGGUGAGGAUGGAUUCGAUCUCGUCAUCAUGAUUCGCGGUCGGGCAGGUAUAGGACAAGAAUGGCACGAAUUAUUAGCCUUGAAGACCGACGAUAAAGAAGCUGUGGCGGAGUGGAUGGACAUGCUUGGUUCGAACCCGCUGCCCCCGAGGCUGAACCGCACUCCAAGUUUUGUGAAACGACCUUCACCUUCGGCCGUUGCUCCAGCGGCUGAGUCCGAGGCCUCGGCGUCAAAAAUCAGCAGUCAGACAGUCGAUAAAAGUCCUGCAACCACACCCGAAUAUCUGGAUGUACCCAUUGGCGAGCCCUCUGUUCUUGGGGCUCGCAGCGAGUUGAGUCGGCGUCCACAGCAUAACAGGGCGCUCGUCGAGAGACCGGCACAGCGGUUAAAUCUAGGGGGCGGUCUGGCGUCAAAGCCUCUUCCCCAGUAUCCGCCAGCCUCGAAAAUUCCCCCAAGGCGCCCCGUCUCGGUUCCGUCAGUCCUGUCCUCCGACCGAUCCACAAUUUCAGAUCGUUCCAUACGGGAUUCAGCUACUAUAUUCACCUCAUCGUCAUCCAAAACUGCAUCAACUAAUCCUAGCCUUCUGUCAAGUCAAACCAAAACCCCUGAAGCAUGGCAAUCUCCUCACCCCCAACCUCCCAAGUCUCCUGAUGAUGCGAACAGUCAGGUCAAAAGCAACAAAAAUGCUGGCUUACCAAAGCUCAGUGGACCAGGCAAUGCCGGCAGUGGUUACAAAAGCCCUUCGGUAUCGCCCGAGACAAAGAUAUCAAGAGCAAGUGCGACGGAGCCAGCCUUACGGGACUCACAAUAUCCGCUACCGACGGCCAACAAUGGCCCAUACUCGUCGAAGUCUUCCCCAAGUACAGCACCUCAAAGGCCAGACUAUCAUCGUACAUUGUCCUCUACCCCGUCAAAAGACCUGCCCACCGUCAACAAGCUUCGAACUCAGCAAGCUCAAGCAAGUCCGUUGUCGUCCCCGCCAGCGAAACAACCUCCAGGGACACCGUUGUCAACGUAUACGCCUGAUCAGGUACAGCAGCGGUCUAAGCGGGAACACAGGAGUUCGCCCAGAAGCCAGCUAUAUACUGAAGAUAUUCCAGCUCCGCCAGUGCACAAAACACGUCAAGAUCGCCCCUCAAUACCCAGUUUUGGGACUUUGUCCCCUAGGACCACCCCGCCUCAUAGUCAUAGUCCCAGCGUUCUGCAGCCGAUAUCAAGCAAUCGGCCCAGUCCCGUACUGAGAGCUACCCCGAGUCCGGCAGACAAGACAGCAAAAAGGCGGACUUCCUCACCCUUGAAGCAUGAAUAUGAACCAUCCACAAGCUCCGACACUUCCGGAUAUGAUUCAGACAGUGGCAGCAGUUCGUCUUCAGACACGUCGGAAGACUUCUUGUCGGAGCAUGGGGAUGUACCGACACCUCUCGUGGCAAUCAGAGCAGGUGACGGUCGAACAUCAAAAAAACCUGUACCUCCGCCUUCAAUGAAAUCCGCCGGAACUCGAACACUGGCUCCCUCGGACUCUGCUUCCCAGGGUCCUUACCGCAAGGCCCCUUCAUCGAUCACAAUGCCAUCAGAGAAGAAGGCGAAGACUAUAGCGUUGAUAUGCUCGUGGUCGAACAAAGGCAUGUGGGAGCAGAUUUAUCCUGACGAGUGCUCUAUUGUCAUCUCGCCCGGUUUGAUCGAAGCCUUUGAGAUGUCAGCGGCUCAUUCUGACACUCAGAAUUCCUUGGCCAGUCGCUCGUUUGACAGCCAUGGGCCGGGAAAGCCCUCGACCUCCCCACAGCCCCUGGUAGCUUUCGAGUUGACGCCAAUAGUUCCGCUACGCAGGGGAACUGCACUGGACAUUUCUAUACGGUCUCCUCCUACAGCGAACUCCAAGAUCAGAACAACAAACAAUGUCAUGUUCCGUUCGCGAAAUCCGGAAGAGUGUGAAGCUCUGUAUGGAAUGAUCAACUGGGCUCGGUGUAACAAUCCUACGUAUAUCCAGCUGCAAAUUGCACGCCCUCGCCGCCAACCUUCGGUGACUUUCAACGUCGGGCAAGCCCAACACAGUCGCUCGAGGGCGAGCUCAUGGUUCAGCUUUGGGAGUCAGAAGAAAUCAAGUUACCGGGCUUCAUCUGCUCCGACACCCGCAUCAAUCGAUAUGUCAGUGGAGAGCUCAGGGACUGUGACAAGCGCUUUCUCCGGGGCGCUCAAGAGACUUGGCGUUAGCACCGCCUUCAAUGUCAAUCGAUCUUCGGUGAUUCGCAAAAGCGGCGGCGGCAGUACGGGGGGUUCUCUUUAUUCCUCUAGCACUGGGACCGCAACAGGUUCGGGCUCAGGCACACCUCCGCCCAGUCAGCUUGGGUUCAUCCCGGGAAAAGACGGACCAUAUGUCCCAUCGACAAGUGCCGCUGCAGCAGAAGGAGGAGGCAUGGUCAACAACAUGAAAAUCCGACUGUACGUCAGGAAGGGACAGCACUGGGAAAAUCUGGGGGCUGCGCGUCUUACAGUCCUUCCAGCACCAUCAACCGCAGCAGCAGAAAGUGGCAAGUCAACGCCCGAUCGACUGGGGGUUCCUCCAGGCGCAUCUCCCCCACCAGCAACAGUUGGCGGCCCUCCUCGAUCUCCGUCCAACGUUGCAGCAGCGGGAGGGGUAGGUCAACCAGGCCCACAAAACCGUGGUGGACCCCGUCUCCCGAGCUCGAACCACACCCCCCACCGCAUCCACGGCAACGGACGUGAGAAGCGCAUUCUUAUCACUCAGAACAAGAACCGCGACGUCGUGCUCUUGGACAGCGUGCUGGGCGAAAGCUGCUUCGAGCGCGUCAUGCAGACGGGCAUUGCGGUCAAGACGUGGAGCGAGGACGAAGAAAUUGCCCACACGGGAGGCGUGACGCUGGGGAAAGAGAGGGUGUACAUGAUGCAGUUUCCUGGCACCAGGGAGGCGGGUUGGGUGUUUGGGCUGUGUGGUACGUAUAGGUACGGCGUCGGCGUUGGGGCGGAAACACUACCGUAG